AUGCCGCCUGCUUCUGGAUCGCCACGCGAGCUGCUCUGGUACCAUCAGAUCCAGAGAGAAAACCGCCAUCUUCUCGAGCAAAUCAACAGACAACAGGUCGAGCUGGAAAAGAUCAAAAGCCAGUCAUCUGCCGACCAAAAACAAAGAGAACAGGUCCAGCAACUUCUCUCAGAACUCGAGACAAAGCAAGCCACAGCCACCGAGCGCAGAAGGGAAGACUUCGAGAGGGAGAAGGAGAUAUUAAAACGGAUUGGGAAGCUCGAGGAAUCUGUCGAGAUGCUUCGCAGAGCCCACGAUAGUCAGCCUAUGGUUACAGGAACUGGCAGCCAGUGGCAGAUGCUUGAGCAGAGACUUGACAUGCUUGAACAACGCCAGACCACGGCCUCCGAGCAGGACAUGCAACAGAUCAACCUGAGAAUCGAUACUUUGUCAAGAGCGAUAAACAAACCAUUCAAGGUUCCCAUCACCCUCGCCGACCAGCACGUCAAUUACGUCAACAACGAGAAUCGAGCAGCAGAAGGCAGCACAGACACUUGUCAAAUGUCGGCAGGAGAGCAGGUAAGGGGAGGAAAGGGUGAAGAGAAGAUGCAACCUGAAAGAGAGACGUCAAGAGAGAGACGGUCAGACUUCGUUCAGAAGAAGAGGCGUCCUGGAGACAGACGCAUCCCGUUCAGACCAACUCCUGCAGAUUUGGGUUGGUAG